UUUCUUUGCGUUGCUGUGCUAAUUACUAAAACAAACUUUAUCAUUUAUUUUUCGCAUUUAGUAUUUCCGGUCGUUUGAAUUCGAAGAAUAGAAGAGCAAGAGUUCCCAAGUUUGCAAAGUUUUUUCUAAAUAGCAAACGCAGAUAACGUUGAAAAUAAAUUCGCGCAUUUUCGACUCUCAAGACUCGAGUACUUUUCCACGCAAUCUCGAAAAACACUUUUUCUUUCGACCAAUUCGUAUGCGUACUAAGUGUGUCUUGUCAAUCGAAUCCACUUGGAUUCCACAAUGGAAGUCACUUCGAUAUGCCACUCAAGAUAAACUAAUGACGCGUGUUGGGGAACCAGGAGAAGUAUGCGAUAAGCAUGAAGAAAGAACUCAAGAACUUCCACGAAAGAAUGUAUACGCAGCAUUAAAUUCCGAGCGUGUUCAUUUUAUUCUUAAUUUAUGGAAAUGAAAAGUUCGAUCGAAUUUUCUUGUUUCUCUCCCCAAAAAUUUUCCCUAAUUUAACUAUUUGUAUGUGCGGGGACGUUUAUAACGGCGCUUAAAAAUAGUUUUUUCUGACAUUUGAUGACCAAACAUUAGAACCCUUCACUUGUUUUGGGAGUGUGGAAAGGUGUUCAAAGCAAUCGAUUUCAUUCAUAAUCACAAAAAAUGUGCCCACGUGAUUUUUAGUCUCUAUCUCAAAACAUGGGGGUAAUAAACAUCGGGACUUGUAAAAAUUUUAUGUGAUGAUUGACACGAAUUGAGUGACAUGCUUUGGACCUCAGCUCAAACGAGACAGUGCAGUGUCUGUGAUGUUGACGAUGAUGAUGACCGCGAUGAUGCAGGCAAAACCCACUGCAUAUGGUAUGUGUUCUUGAGUUUCGUCUUUUAUCUGAUGAAAGCACAGUUAGAACUCAUCUCAUUUGACAGAUGCCAAGGUCUGUUCUCAAUUCAGUUUGUGGAUGCUGCUGCCAUAGAACACAUCAUGUUAUCGUCUUCUCUGCUCGCCGUGCUGCUGCUCGGCUUCUACUCGGCUGCUAAUGCUUCGCUCUUGAACUGCAACUGUGAGCCAGGACCUCCGGGUCCGCCUGGACCGCGUGGCCCUCCAGGUCUUGGUGGCCUCGGCAGCGCUGGAGGCGGUGGCGGCAUCUGGGGUUAUCCGCCUGUGCCGCCCUUCAACCAACACAUUCCACCACUGAUUGGACCCAGAGGAUUGCCUGGACCGCCAGGACCACCUGGCUACUGUUUUCCCUGUCAGUACGGUGGUCAAGGUGGCCAGGGAUUCGGUCCGAAUAACUUUGGCUUGGCUGGUCCCGGCGGUGUUUCAGGACAGGGCAUUGCCUCAGCCAUUGGCAACAUUAUCAUUAUUCCCUCGGGCGUCAAUGGACGUGCGCAACUUUUCCGUAUCACACCCGAUGGGCAGCUAGUGCGAAUUGAAAACCCCCGCGAAGGCAUCAAUGAGAUACUACCCAGCAAUCUGCAAGAUUUACUCGCCCAACAGGCAGCUGUGCCCACAGCAGCCACAACAUCAGGAAUUACGCCGCCAGGUCAGGCCAGACCAGGAGCGACGCCACCUACACCCGAUGAUCAACCCGAAGGAUUAGAUGAAGCCAUGUUUGCUGUUUCUUCUAACAAUAUGGAAUCGCGCAAGGAGGCAGCGUUGCGUGGCAUUACCGAUGCCAACGAUUGGCGUCGGGUGCUGCUUUUGGGUGAACCGAAUGCCCAUAGUGCGGCCAGCUCGGAACCGGGAAGCACUAAUCAGCUGGAGAGCAGCAUGGAUAGUUUUCAGCGCGCCCUCGUCGAUUUGAGGGACAAGUACGCUUCGCUUAUUCAGCCACGCACCACCGAUCAGCGAUAUGCCGUCAUCCUCUAGACUCCUAAGUAGACCCACUUAAUAUACAGUUAUUAUAAUAAACACGUACUGAUAAUUCCUAACAAUCUUGACACAAUCGCGUCUCAAUCUAUGGCUUAUUGACACACCCUAAUGAAAUGCCCUCAAUGGAGACACAGACGUUGGUAGCGAGAAGGAGAGUGCGCGAAACAUUCUAGACUUAAUAUGGAAUUUCCUGGGGCCUUGAGAUAAUCUCGCCUCGAAUCUCGACAA